GUUAGUUUAUUUUUUGUGUUUUUUUCCUCUGUUAAAUUUACAGCAGCUUGUAAUGGUUACAAUUUGAAAGUGGACUACAUAAAGCCGUGCACAGCCGAUUCCGUUGUAAUACCAAAAAACAUGGAUUUUGCGUUUGAUUCUAAAUGUAAUUUAGUACUAAGCGGAUGCGUUGAGAUGACCAAAACUUUAAAAACGUCUAAGGCAACCUAUGAACUUACUAAAUCUCCUAUGCCAACAAUGACAGGAGAUGUAGAUUUAUGUAGUCUAUUUGGUAAUAAAAAGAAAUUGUUUGUAACGAAACAAGUUUUUGAGGCUUAUGGACUUCCGAAAAGUUGCCCAGUUCCAGCUAAAAAAUACUGUGUCAAUGGUAAACAAUUGAUCAGCAUUGAUUCUUACAAAAACAAGUUGGGAAUGGCUCUAGGCAGCGUGGUAACUAAACUGAAUGUGGACCAUGAGGAUGCAGGAAAGACCUGCGUUGAUAUAAAAAUGACAGUAUCCAAAAAGAAGUGAUAUGUCAAUUGUACUCAAAUAUUUAUGAUCCAAAUACAAAAUCAAAUAUGACAUUUAUUUAAAUUUCAAACAAAUAAUUAUAAAUAGAAUUGUCGUACAAAGUUUUUCCUGAAAACAAGUUUUUAAUAUUCAAAGAUAGAAAACUAUAUUUGAAGAUGAGUUAUAGCACAAUUUUCAUGGUCCACGACGUAAACCCCAAUAAAACAUCAUAAAUCAUCAACGGAGGAAAUACAUAUUUAUUCUCCAACUUUCUAGUCAUUUUAAUGAAAAAAACUAAUCAAUUUAGAAACGAUCAAAAUUUCUAAUCGACAAAAAGUGUUUUGCAAAUUGUACAUUCACAUUUCCGGAAACUUUGUAUAAACUUUUAGUGAAUAUUAAUGGACAUGAAAAUUUUUCAAACAUUAAAUAAACAAAUAGUGGCAAACUUUAUAUGAAUUAAACUUUGUUUAGGAGGAGAAGGAUAAAUAAUCUUCACUCUUAGAGAAAGAUGGAUUUUUUAUAGAGGCUUAUUAGAAUUAGUGUCAAAUUUUGUGAAAUACUAAUAAGAAAUGAUGUUUUUACAAAUGUAUGAGCAAUGGAACAAGUAAUAAAUAACAAUAAAAAC